UUGCCGCAGGGUCAGUGAAUAAAUCAGUUUUUCCUCGCAAUUAUUUUCUGCACUAAUUUGCAGAAGCAGCCCUAAAAACACCCAGGCGUCCCAAGGGUGGCUGUGUGUGGACUGAAAUGAAAGGUAAAGAGCGGUCGCCGAUUAAAAAACGCUCCCGGGCCUUGGACGAUAUUCGAGACCGGGGAGGAUGCCAUCCGACCAGCAAGAAAAUGGGGGCUCUUUCCGUCUCCAGUGGGAGUAAUAAUGGAAAUAGCUCGACCAAAAGCGACGGAGGCUCGACGAGAAGGAGUCUGCUCGGUGAGAAAAGAGACAGAGAUUUUGACAGUCACAGCCGGGCUGGAAAUAACCAUAGCUGUCAGUCUGCCGCCGCCAGCUCCGUCGGUAAAAACCACAACCUGAGCCUGACGCUGGAUUUAGCCGCACCGAGGAGCGCCUCACGGGGGGAGCAGCAGCGUGUUCAGCCACCCAGCGCCGAGAGUGAGUACAAAACACUCAAAAUAAGCGACCUCGGCACCCAGCUGAGCGAUGAAGACAUAGAGGAUGGACUGUUUCAUGAAUUUAAGAAGUUUGGAGAUGUGAGUGUCAAGAUCAGCCGCAGCAACGACGAGCGGAUUGCGUUCGUGAAUUUCCGGAAGCCGGAGGACGCCAGAGCUGCGAAGCACGCCAGAGGCAGGCUGGUGCUCUACGACCGGCCGCUCAAAAUCGAGACCGUGUACAUUAACAGGAGGAGAAGCCGCUCCCCUGUCGAGAGAGACGUGUAUGGUGCAGCUCAAAGCCAUAGACAUUUGCAGAGACCCCUCUCGCCUACCGGGCUUGGAUACAGAGACUACCGGCUACAGCAGCUGGCCUUGGGACGGCUCCCCCCUCCCCCGCCGCCCCCUCUGCCCAGAGAACUGGAUCGGGACAGGGAGUUUGCCCUGUUUGAAGCCAGGGCUCGACCAGCUUUCAUUGCAGAGAGACCUGCUUUUCGAGAGGAGGAUUUUAUAUCUCCGGAAGAUGACCAAAGAGCCAACAGGACGUUGUUUUUAGGCAACCUGGACAUAACUGUUACAGAGGCAGACCUGAGGAGAGCAUUUGACAGGUUUGGAGUCAUAACAGAAGUGGACAUUAAGAGACCCACACGGGGCCAAACCAGCACAUAUGGAUUUCUGAAAUUUGAGAAUCUUGACAUGGCUCACCGUGCUAAGCUUAGCAUGUCUGGGAAAAUAGUGGGCCGCAACCCCAUAAAGAUAGGCUAUGGGAAAGCAACUCCCACCACACGCCUGUGGGUGGGUGGACUUGGACCCUGGGUCCCCUUAGCUGCACUGGCAAGAGAGUUUGAUCGCUUUGGCACUAUAAGGACCAUUGACUACAGAAAGGGGGACACAUGGGCGUAUAUACAAUAUGAAAGUUUGGAUGCUGCACAAGCAGCAUGCACACACAUGCGAGGCUUCCCACUGGGAGGUCCAGAACGAAGACUUAGAGUGGACUUUGCUGAUGCUGAGCAUCGUUACCAGCAGCAGUUCUUGCAGCCUCUCCCCAUACCGCCGUUUGACAUGGUGGCUGAGUCAUUUGUCCACCGUGCCACACCUGAACCUCUGAGGGUCAGGGAACGGACUCCACCGCCGCUUCACUUCAGGGAAAGAGAGCUCUUUCCUGGAACUGAAUGGCCCAAUCCUGCUAUUCGUGAGCGGGUGCGUGCCUCACCCUAUGAACCUCUGGAGCACUUAGAACGUGAGCGGCGGGCACGGGAGCCCUGGUCUUUGGAACGAGAGCUGCAGGGACGAGAGCCUGCUCGCAAGCGGCGUGUAUUGGAGGACGGACGCCAUCUAGAGCACUCCCCCGAUAGCACAGAGAGGACAGUAAGACGUAGGCGUGCCUCUCCAGAUGGAAGUCCUGGAGGUAGCAGCAGAGAUGGAGGGCGCUUCAGUGACUCAGAACGCCCUCUGCGGGGCGACAGACCCUCCCCAGCACGAGAGCGUCACAGCAGCCUUGAACGAGGUGGGACUGAACGGAGACUCAAAAGCCAGAGUCUCUCUGACAAGGGACCCUCGAGCAGCAGCAUUUCAGCAGUGGGAGAGCGUAAGCGCAAAGCAGGUGAUGGUAGUAAAGGGCCGGCCAAGAGAGAGCGCUCUGAGAGCAGUUCCAAGGGAGCCCAGCAGUCCAAGUUGGACGGCACCAAACUCAGUUUGGCCUGGCAAGGUAUGCUGCUGCUGAAGAACAGCAACUUCCCUGCCAACAUGCACCUGCUGGAGGGCGACCACAACGUAGCCAGCGACCUGCUUGUUGACGGCACAACGGGGAGACAGGUGAGCGAGCUAAAGAUCACCCAGCGCCUCCGCCUGGACCAGCCCAAGCUUGACGAGGUCUCUCGGCGCAUCAAAGUGGCGGGCCCCGGCGGCUACGCCAUCCUGCUGGCAGUUCCUGGGACCACAGAGGAUACAUCUUCGUCUGACCCUGCAGCCUCAACUCAGCGGCCGCUUCGCAACUUGGUGUCCUACCUCAACCAAAAACAAGCAGCUGGAGUCAUCAGCCUGCCUGUGGGAGGGAGCAGAGAUAAAGACAACACAGGGGUUCUUCAUGCUUUCCCUCCUUGUGAUUUCUCCCAGCAGUUCCUAGAUUCCUCUGCUAAAGCUCUGGCUAAAAGUGAAGAGGACUAUUUGGUCAUGAUUGUGGUUCGUGGAGCAUCUUAAAAAUCAGAACACACUAAGUUCAAGUGGUGUAAAAAAAAAAAAUCUGCUGUAUGUCAGUAACUAUUGCAUGCUGUGUGUUCUGCAUUAUGGGGUACACUAGUAUGGUUCUUGAGUGUUUGUAUGUCGCCAUGUAAUCCACUAAAAUGACAAAUGGUGCCCUCCUACAAAACUAAAAAGGGUGUGUGUUUUUGAAAUCUUUUUUUUAAAGGGUAUAUUAACAGCUCACAAAGUCAUAAAGCGACAGUAAUUCCUUCAGAAUACUGUAAAACAGUUAAAUAUGAGGAGCAUUUUAGGAAUACAUUUCUGUGUCAUGUCAGAAGAGAAGUCAUAUAAGAGACAGCUUUUUUUUGGGGUUAAUUUUCAGGUUUAUAAUAUUAACUGUCCACCUCUAUUACGGAGAAAAUAACUAGACAUUUUAGAAAUCUAAGGAGUGGACACAAUAACAUCUCCACUGCAAUUAAACAGCAAAUAAUGACCUUAUAAAUGAUGAUAGUGCUGAGCCCACAUCUCUCUGACAGUGUUAACAAAAGCUGAACAUUACAAGCCUUUCCAAAGGUCAUGUUUGUUUUUUAGGCUAUUAUAUUGUGUUGCAUUGCUGAGGUGUUGUUAUUGUGUCUACCACAUGUACCGGUAUAUACAAGAGGGGAGUUAGAAGACACUCUUUCCAAAGCUUUGAAUUACAUUGCAAUAAUAUUUCUGCUAUAAUCACUUUUUAAUGGAUGGAUACAAAGGUGAGCAUGUCAUCUUUUGAAUUUUAAGUUUUCUGGAAAGGUGUAGUGAAUGAAUUGGUACUGCAGUUAAAAAUCUAAUCUCUUAGGAGAAAGAGCCCUGCUGGUAACAUUUUUAAGGUCAAAACAUGUUGCACAGCACACUCUAUUUAACAAACACCCUGAUAAUGGUGAGAUAGUGUUGUGUGGCAUGUUUUAAUCUUGAUAGACUUGCAUUGAGACUCAUACUGGCCUGGACCUCACUGUGUGUGCAAUCUCAAAGUAAAAAAAAAAAAACGUUUUGAAGGUCUACAUUUGAAAAGUCUCUGGAUAACGGCUCGUACAUUUCAGUUAUGUUGUGAAUUCUGUUUAAAAAUGGUGUUCACGAUCAUGGUUUUGAUUUGAGUGUUUUUAUUUUAUUUUAUCAGUGUUCCUCAGUACUGGAGCACCAAAUUGCAAAACAAGACAAUGAACUCAGUGUAUGUCCACUGGUAAAUCUAAAUUUGUCCUGUCAACUUUAUGUGGAAUGCUGAAUACUAACAGAUGUGAGAUCUUUGCCCAGGGAACAGCCCAUAACACAUUACGCAUAGCAUAGUAAACCAGAUACUAACAUGUUUUUCAUAUUUUUUAAUUCACAUCUUUUUUUGUGCAUCCCUGCCUUUAGAAAUGGUUGUGUAAUGUGAUCUAUGAAAAACUACAGUAGAAAUGGAUAAAAAGCUUAGAGAAGUUUGCGUUGAUAUUUGACAGUCUGUUUCAUUUUUUGUUGUUCUGAAACCAGUAGGUCUUGAAAGAAUAAUAAUAAUAUAAUAAUGAUGAUAAUUCAGUAAAACAAAAAACCUGCUAUUUGUUCAGUAAGUAGGUCUGUGUAAUUUUUAGUACUUUAACAGUUAUUGUUUGAAUUUAAAUUUUAGAGGUCUAAAUUUGACUGUUUUACUCAUGCCUGCCAAUGUGUUCCCAAAGCCUACUUACUGAAUUUUGUUGAUGCCAUUGUAUGUUUGUCAUGCAGUAGUAACCCAUCCCGAAUUAUUAUUUGCUAAGUUUGGUUUAAUAUGUAUUGAAAGCAUUAAUAUGUGGGAGAAUUGUUAUACAUGUGAACAUCACACCCACUGCAACGUUGGACUCCUGAGGAGAAGAGAGCAGAGCUCAAAACGCUCUGCAGAGAAGGCAACAUAGUGUUUGUGAGUCCUCUCUGAUGAGGCAGCUUUUAAGUUGUGUAGCCCAUCUGCACCUGUGAUGACUUCUGUUUUUAAAUGGAAAAUUGAGCAAUGUACACUUUGAUGUCAUGGGAAAGGAAAAUCCAUAGAGCCCGUGCGAAGCUGUUCACAUACCUGCAAGUGCAUUUGGGCACUUAAUGUGACCGAUUAUCAAUAAAUUGUUCAUUUGAAGGGAAACAUGUUUCUUCGAUGGAAGUGAAUUGAAGAAACAAGCUGCCAUGCCUUAUUGUGUUUCGAAGGAGUUGUCACUUCACUUGAAAUUUUGUUUCUGCACACGAAAAGGGAGACAAUUUGCAGUUUGUUAGCACCAGUGAAGAGAGACCCCCUCCCCUCUGUUUCGUGUGAGGAUCACUGUUUGCAUACAGGCCUGUUCUGACCUCCUAAGUUGCCCAUCAUUAAUUACUCCCCCAUGAUCCCCUGUUAUACCCUCAACUGUUCCUGUUGGCAUGUGAUCACCUGAGCAGCAUCGAGGAGCCUCUGCUGCCUCCUGUUUGCAGCCAGUUUGCAGUGUGAAACGCAGUGGCAGAUGCAGACAGCGGUGCAGUUCGGGAGGCGAGGGCCGGAGCAAACAACAGCACGUGCCAGUAUCCUGUUGUAUUCUCCUGGUCAUUACUCUAAAGCUUUCAUGUGCAUUGUUCCUGGUUCUGAAUAGGAGCUGAGGGAAUCUCAUCACCGGCCGUCACACACUCCGCUCGGGAGAUUGUGGGUGACACCUCUCUGAAAUUUCCAUAGCAUCCACAGUUCAAGCUGUCUCACUGCAGAGGCCAAGCUGAACCACUGGGCUGAUUUGUCUUUAUCACACUUUGCCCAGUUAUGAUUUGAUUUGACUUAAUGUUUGGCUCAGGGAAGAGGAUUGGCCCAAACCUCAGCUAGGAAUAUUGUUUGCCCCCGCCUUUGUGUUUUGCGUCGGUGUGUCCUCAUCUAAUUGAACCCUCACCGAGGAGACGAGUGAAGACGUGUGUUUGCUGUGCUGAAGCUGUGUUCCACCAUCAUCUGAGGUCCGCUGCAGCAUGGAAAUGAAUUAUGAACAGGCCAGAUUGUUUGCCCUUUUUGACAACGCUGGAAGGAAUCCACACUGCGGACCCCUCCCCUCCCCCAAAUUCUUCUAGGAGACCUGUUUAUUUUGCCAGCAGCAUUUUAUAAAUUUAAGGCCACUUAACGCAGGAAAGAUAUUUUUCCAUUUCCUAUUACCAUCCAUCUUAGUCAUAUUAGCAUGAAAACAAAUGCUGUGUUCUGUGCUGAGAAGGACCCCUUACUUCACUAGAGAAACAUUGCCAUCUUGAGGACCACGGAGCACAGUCACCUGCCAGACACAUCACACUCAUGCACACCAGACACCCGGAGCAGAACUGGUAUCACUGUACACCUGCUGUUUAGAAACGCCACAGCGAUGAGUAAGGAGAACAAGUGCUGCCUGCCAGGUCUGUAUCGAUGGCUUAGGCAGCAGUGGUAAGUAUAAAGUGUCAACACCAUGUGUUUUUAUAAUAACAAAUGCAAAAUGGCACACUCCGGUUUUCAGCCAAAGUCAUUACUGAGUUUAAUUCCACUGAUGGCAAUUUACACAAAUCCCAAUGUAAGAUAAUAAUUUACUGCCCACAAAAGUGCGCCUUUGAUCUCCAGCAACAAAAUGUAUGAUAGUCUGACUCCAAUAGUGAACAUUCUCAUAUCUAAAUUUAUAGAUGUAUUUUUUGAUAAUAUGCUUAUGCAGAGCCUUUUGUUAAAAUUAGGCACACAUUCACAUAUGUUGUGAAACUGCAGUUAUGUAAAAGGCUGAAGUGCUUAGAAAAGACUAAAGAUUAAAAUUAGGUGAGUUUUUACAGUUAGGCCACUGCAGCUGGUUAAACCCGUCUGAAUAAGAUAACUUUAGCAACACACUUCACAUUUGGUGGUUUUUGCAGCCUCACACAAGAUAUAAAUUCCAUUUAAGUAAAAUGAUGUCACCGAUGGCAAGGAUAGCCAUAAACUACAGGCACAUCUAAUAUGAUUUGGUCUGUAAGAAAAGGCCCAGUGGUUUCACGGCUGACCGCUUCAAGUGACUGUUCCUUUACAAGCCUGAAAUUCAUUUAUAUUGAACACUGUCAGUAAGCCAUUUUUAGUCAUAGAUAAUCAAUCCUACUACAAGAGACCCUUCUUAGAUUAUUUCUCAUUAAUGCCUCAAGCAUUACUAUCAUCAUGCAAAGUGACGUCGUCCAGGGAAAAUGUAAUUUAAAGACAAUAUAAUAACAUAACAGCCUCCUGGUUCCAAAUUGUGUUUCACAUUAGGUGAUG